AUGUCCUCUGAGGGCGAGGCGAAGAUACUGUCUUAUGGAGACGUCGUGCUCCAUGAGGACGACCUGCAGCUCUUGAAUAAUGGCGGUUGGCUGAACGACCGACUUCUCUCCUUUGCUGCCGACUAUAUAUCUAGCGAAUUGCCUCAGGAAAAGAAGAGAAAAGUUGGCAAGGAGAUACAGUCUCGUCUGUCACGAAAAGUUCCAGAUGGCCAUUCUAAGCCCUCCGCUGACCGAAAUGGCGAAGAACAUCGACGACCGACACGCGAUCGCUUCGAUUUUUGCGGAGCUCGAUCUUCCCAAUAAAGAAUUUGUGGGUAGUACUCGGAUAGUCUCUUUUUUGUUUGGCCUCGACUAAACAGUCAAAGAUUGCAAAUUUCGAGAUGAAAUUCUCAAAACUCUAGAAAGGUCAUGUCAAAAUUUUUAGAGAGAAGCGUCAGAUGGUUCUGCUUCUCACAAUGAUAUUCCUAGACAUUUGAUAGGCCGUAUCUCUAAGUCCGGUGUUUUGAAUUUUAGGAUUUUUUCUCUUGUUUGCAAAAAAUUUAGAAAUUUUUUAGAGUUUUCUCAUUUUUAUAUAUAAAAUGUUUCCCUUUAUAUACAUCGGUAAGUUUUUUUUGAUGGUUUACCUUGAAUAUGCUUGAUAAAUCUGAAAGUUCCAAAAAAAAGAAUUUCUUAUAGAUAUGCAAUAGCGUCAAGGCAAUAAAGAUCUUUAAUAAAACUUUCUGAGAAAAUUCCAAUUUUUGAAGAAACUUUUGAAUUGGAAAUGUAGGCAGAGAUUUGAUGAAAACAAGUCAUUUGAGGUGUUCUUCAUGCUGAACGACAACGCGGACCCGACACGGGCCAACGGAGGCUCCCAUUGGACGUUGCUCGUUUACGUGCGAGAAUGCGACCGAUUCGUCCAUUUCAACAGUUCUCCCUGCGUUUCUCUCAAUGAACAUUUUGCUCAACGCGUCUGUUUCCGUCUUCUACCUGAUGUACAGGUGUCUAAUUCAGGUAGCAAAGAACGUUGGCGUCGCCAUCGGCACUCUAAAGCGAGAAGUCGAAAUGGGCCCUUGUCCAGCUCAACACAACGGCUACGACUGUGGAAUAUUUGUGAUAGAGUUUCUUCGUUGCAUCGUAGAGGUGUCCUUUUGUUCUUCAUUUUCAAAAGUUGUUCCACAAAGAAUUUCUUCGAAUACUUCAUAGAAAUCCACUUAAUUUUCUCAAAAUUUUUUCAGCGCGAAAAUCUCUCAUCCGUGCAGCUUCUGUCAGCAGAAAAAAUUUCUUCGAAACGAAAAAAUUGGUUCGGACUCAUUUGCCAACUUUCCGCCAACGACGCCAGCUCGAGGUCUCCAGUUGGUUCAAUCAGCGAAAUAAUUUGAAAUUGUUUGAAAAAUUAAAAAUUAUUCCCACUUUUUUCCAUCAUCCAAUUAUUUAACCUGUGAAAAAAUGUGUACUGAAGUGUGAUCUCAAUUUUCUCGAAGUGUCAUUUCUUUCUCAUUACUUUUCCAUGAAUAAAUCUCCUUUUUUAGCGCUUCUCGUGAAUGCUAUUCCCGUUUCUCAUAUAACGCGGUCUCAUAUUUGAUUCAUCGAACAUUCUUGAACAAACAUUUUUUUUUCGAGCAUGAUCACGCCAGUUUUUUGGAUCUCCCAAGACGAAGAGUUUCUACAUAUACGGAUACGAGCUCCACAUGCAAAUAUUGCUGAGCUGGAGCUCGAUUACGGCGAAUUUUUGUUCUACUUUUCUUGCGCACCUUACUUUUUGAGGUUUCCUUAUAAUCUUUUUUUCCUUCUUAAAUUUGAGAUUUCAGACUUCAUUUCAAGCACCUUGUCGAAGAAUACGCAUUUGGAAGAGGAACAGCGAGUUACGAUUCAGAUAGUGGUAUUCAUCUAACUAAUCCAUCGAUGAGUUUCUUAGGCGAGUUCAUGGUGAGAGUGGCCAAGAAAAAGAAAGGGGAACACUUCGAAGGAUUGGACCUUAUCACGGAAUUGCUACGGCCGUCAGAAACUAUUUCGGCGAGAGAAAAGGUCAUUGAGGUCGAAGGCGAUGAGGAGGAAGAAGAUGGCGACUGUGGUAAGUCAGACGGCGUUUAUGAGCCCGAAUCUUCUUUCAGACGGGUCGGAAUACCUCACCGAACAAACGAUUCAGGACGUUGAUUCUGGCAUCGAAAACAGCAGAAGCCUUGCGACGCUAUAUGGCUAUGGAUUCGCAUGGCGGAGGACUGGAGUUCUCGGUUCGUUCAUGAUGGAAAAUUGCAGUCGGGAGGUUUUCAGAGCCACUUCAAUCCGAAAUCGGACGGCUGGUUGAUUUGGAAGAUUCUGAAGGAGUGAGCAUUGAAGAUCGCAGAAACGCUUGUUUUGAAUUCGAUAAAGAACACUUUGAUUCUGAGCGAUACUUGUAUGAAAGUAGAAGGGCCUCCAGAAUAUCCAUACGUCUGCAGAGCCGACUCUUUGCAGCCAGAACAGGAACUUCUCGAUGUCAUCUCCGCUGCUUCUCAGUGCUCUUUUAUUCUAACGGAAAGCAACAGAGAGUUUUUGAAAGAGCUGCCGAAGAAGAAGUUGUUAAAGUGGCUCAUCUCUCAAAGACCCGCUCAAAAUGGAUUUCAGACUUUCCGACGAAGAAAAUCAUCAAGUAGCGUUGUCUCUAAUCGAUAUUUUGUACGCCUAUGCCUACGAACUACGAGUUAAUGAUGGCGAGAUGAGUUGCGAGGCUGGCUGGACUUGCUCCAAGCUCUCUCCGUCUUUUUCGUUUCUCUGUCGCUGGCAAAAUCCCAAGCAAGUCGGUCAAUAA